AUGCCACUUUCGACUCCCCGGUUCCUGAUACGCAGGGCGGGGGAAGGAAAAGGGGAUGUGCCGCAAGGCGGUGUGCGGCCCCCUUCGACACCCCACGCGACCUCGACUGCUGGCAUGUCCGCAGCCUCACCUGCUCUAGCCUCGAUGUCUCCGUUACUGCUGGCACAGCCGCCUGUGCAAUGCAUGCCCCCUCCUGAUGCCUUCCCGCCGUGUCCUAGAAAGACACUCAAGUCGACCGAUAUACUCGUUAGGAAAAAGCCUAAACGGGUUUGGUCGAGUCGGGCUGAAAGCGGGUCCGUCUUUGGCAGUGACUGGGAGAAGAACAUGGGCAAGUCGAGGGGGACGGCUAAACGCCGCCGAUUGACGAUGUCCUCUGGGACGAAACUUUCUUGGAAACCUACUCCCCCUCCUCUUUCACUUCUUUCGUCGAGGGAGUUGGAGGGUGAAGAGGAUGAUGAUGAUGAUCACUUUGAUCGUGACAAUUCGGACGGGUGGGCUGAGGGUGACGAUGGGAAUGAGGGGGACGUGUCGUAUCGGAUAAUUCGACGUAUUCCGAGGCGGUUUGGGAUUUUUUGUACAGGCAAGGUGUCGAUGCAUGGACCUAAUCCGUCUGCGAUGCGUGCACGGUCGAUCGGUGGGAGGUUGAGUGUGUAG